CACAGUGAGAAAGAGAGGCGUGGAGCCGCUGUUGUUCUGCUGAGAUGGGGAAUGUGCGCUAGAGGAGAGCACGUUUUCUUGUCAUCUCCAAAAAUUCAAGUGCGAAAUGCGGUUUACAUGGAAACGGUGGACUAUAUGCACCAUAGGCAUUCUGCUGAUAUUUUACAAAACGACAGAUAUUGGCAGAAGCGAAGUGCACGAGAAAACUGGAUUGACAGGGAGGUCCAGGGCAAGAAGUACAAGACUGAUGGCCAACGGCUCAGAUACACCUUUCGGCAAUGGUUUAAGUGAUCUGACUGACCUGGGAGGGGAAUGGAAGGCUAAUGUCACCCUUGUGACCAUGAUAAGGAAGGACAUACUUCGCUUCUUGGACGCGGAGAGAGAUGUGUCUAUUAUCAAGAGCAGUUUUAAACCAGGCGAUACCAUCCACUAUGUUCUGGACAGACGCAGGACGUUCAAUGUUUCUCAUACUCUACACAGUUUACUUCCUGAAGUCUCUCCUCUAAAGAACAAGAUGUUCAAAACAUGUGCUGUGGUGGGAAACUCUGGCAUUCUCCUAAAGAGCGGAUGUGGAAAGGAAAUAGACAACCAUGAUUUUGUUAUACGAUGUAACCUCGCUCCCCUAAACGAUUUUGCAGAUGAUGUGGGUUUAAGGUCAGACUUCACCACUAUGAACCCCUCUGUGAUCCAGCGGGUGUACAAAGGUCUGCGGGAUGAAACGGAGCAGGAGAACUUCAUACUGCGCUUACAGCAGCUGAACAACAGCGUGCUCUGGAUUCCUGCCUUCAUGGUGAAGGGUAGCGAGAGGCAUGUGGAAAUUGUGAACAAACUAAUUCUUAAACAAAAACUAAAAGUGCGCAUGGCCUAUCCUUCACUCCGGCUUAUCCACGCUGUACGAAGGUACUGGCUUGCAAAUAAGGUAAAUAUCAAACGACCCACUACUGGAUUAUUGAUGUACACAAUGGCUACACGCUUCUGUGAUGAAAUCUACCUGUAUGGAUUCUGGCCUUUUCCAAAAGAUGUCAACGGAAAUUCUGUUAAAUAUCAUUACUAUGAUACACUGAAAUAUCGCUAUUUUUCCAGAGCGGGUCCCCACCGCAUGCCACUGGAGUUUAAUACACUGAAAAACCUACACAACAAGGGUGCAUUGAAACUUACAACAUCUAAAUGCACCUAUACUUAACAUACAGCUCAUGGACAGACACUUGGUUUUCAUGAGCACCUUUUCUUGUGAUAAGAAGCCAGAGCUUUGGACAAUGAGUGUGCCUUCAACUGGAAACUGUGACCUGUUCAUCUUGUGAGACCUUAGAUAAGUUUACUAUAGAAAAUGUGCAAUGUUUUAGACACUGAAUAAUCUACUCUUGUUUCAAAAUGACAGAUGAAACAGUCCUGCUUAAUGCUUUGAAAUAUUACAGUCUUACUGUAUCUCGUCUGAAAAUGCCAAACAUGUUUGAGAGAUUGUUGUUUGUUUGCCUAUACUGUGCUUUUUAGUAUGUAGAAACAUAAUUAGAUUUUAAUUCAUACAGAGAUUCUGUCUGUAUGAUAGACUGAAUGGCCUUCAAAACCUUCAAACUGUAAAACUACUUCAAACUUUAUGUUCAGGCUUUCUCAAGCCAACAUUUUAUUAUCUAGUGAUGUUUUACUUUCUACAGUUCCAAGAUUCUCAACCAGGAACAUGUCCAAAAAACAAAACAAUGUGUAUAAAAUAACAUUUUGUGGAUUACAAUCAUAGCAGAAAAUAUAACCUAUGGGAAACUUGGUGAGUCUUUUUUUUACCCACAGUAUCAAUUGACCUAUAAUUGUAAUGAUAAUUGUAAAUUAUACUCUUUUAUAAAUUAUACUAUAAAUUAUGUUCAAAGGAACACAUUUCUGGUUUGUUGUCAAUGAACCUUAUGUUUACACCGAGAAAAAAACAAAAAACAGGUAUAUAUCAAUCUCAGAUUUACUCAUUUACAUGUACUUUGUCAGUCAUUUAAACCAGUUCUAGUUAUUUAAACCAAUCUUUCGUAAUCGAAUGUACUGUAUGUCAGAAUGUGUUGGCAUGCCUGAAACAGCAUUCGUUUAUACUUCAGUUUUUUUUUUUUUAUCUUUUAUUUAUGUUGUAAUGUGUUUUGUAUUUUUUCUAAAUGCAUUUCUAAGUGGUUUACACUGUUUGUAUUACUGUAAUUUUUUGACAGUUUUAAAGUUUAUUUAUGUGGAAAUACAUUUUAUACAAAAGCAAAAAAUCUACUUGAUCUCCUGAAUUUGUUGACAUUUCUGAUUACUUGAUUUCUGAUUGGCCUACAUAUUACAUAUAAUACAUAUAAUUAUUUUGGAAUAUUGCAAUAUAAUCUAACCUAUGGAAGCCUGUUUCCACCACAGUUGAGUCAAAAGUCAUAAUGAUGAAAAAUGUGUUCGGAAUCUAAUAUAAAAAGCCCUGUGAUGGUCUGGCUAUCCAUCCAUGGCGUUUUCAGGCCUGUGACCUGAGACCAGGAUAGACUCCAGCAUCCCUGGGACUCUAUAAGUGGUAGGAAAUUGGAUGAAUAAAUGGAACUCUGGUUAUUCUUGUUUUCUUUGUUAACAGGAUUUUUGUGGUGGCAGGGCAAAUCUACAACCCGGAUUCUGGAAAAGUUGGGAUGUUUUUUUAAAUUUGAAUAAAAUGAAAACUAAAAGACUUUCAAA